CGUUCGCCGCCCUUUUUUCCAAUGGAUAAUCAAGGAGUCACGGCAGACCCUCAACUGCAGCAGUUCAUCGAGAUCGAGUCUCAGAAGCAGAGGUUUCAGCAGCUGGUUCAUCAGAUGACAGAAGUGUGCUGGGAGAAGUGCAUGGAUAAGCCUGGCCCGAAGCUCGACUCCAGAACAGAGGUGUGUUUUGUAAACUGUGUGGAACGAUUUAUCGAUACAAGUCAGUUCAUCCUUAACAGACUAGAGCAAACACAGAGGAGUAGAGGAACCUUCUCUGAGACCAUGACAGACUAGUAGAACUACAGCCAAUGACAAGACCGCAUCCUUCAUCUGCUUACUGAGGGUUUGGCAUGCCAAUGGAAGAACUGCGAGGCAACGGCUAUCUACAGGAUCCAAUUAAUUUCCAAAAGACAAAGUGCCUCAUUUUGCUCUCUUUAUUGUUGUAAAGGUCAUAUAUAUUUAAAAUCAAACGGAUGCAUGUCCCAGUCUGUUCUACAGCGCCUGUUUAUAGUCACUGUCGAUAUCGACAUUUCCCAGUGCUAAGACUUUGGUACGACAUCAAGAAAACAUAAUGGAACAUCAGCCGAAAGGUCUCUUCGUACCGAUCUCAUCUGGAAUUUAGGAGGAGGCUCUGCUUUCUCUUUCUGCUUUCAACCUACAUACCACGUAUGCACUUUGUCUUCUUACUGGGAACGCUUCAAGAUCUGUGGCUUAUUUCAGUGUGUGUUGAAAUGUGGACUUGAAAUAAAAAGAUAAAAUAC